GACGCGGGCGACUCCAGAGGGUGGGUGGUGCUAGCGACCGGUGUUCGCCGAGCUGGGUUUCUGUGAGGAAAGCGGACGUUAACCUACCGUUGGCCUGGUUGCUACCAACAUGAGCGGCCCGGAGGGGGUCGAAAAGACCGGUCUCCUCCUGACCCGCAGCCCCACUCCUCCCGGCCGUGCCCCAGGAGACCCGGACCCACACCAGUGCCUGAAGCCCCGCGAGGAAACCGAGGCGUCACAGGUGAUGGCGGAGACGGGUGAGGGAAGCUUGGAGGCCAGCGUGCUCCCGCAGGCCCAGCUUCCAGAGGAGCGGGGAGCCCCCUACGACCCCGCGGGCUGUGGCCAUUCUCCCCAGAUCGGAGUUGGUGGGGAUUGCGGUUACCGAGCGACCAAAGCGGGGAAAGAAGCAGCUCCGCCCCCGGUCUUGGGCCCGGAAGCCUUGUCUGUGUCCAUGGCAACGGACCGCAGCCUGAACAAUGGCUGUCAGCGUGGAGAGCCGAGUGGCCCAGGUGCGGAGAAGGCCCUAGAAACCUGUGGCGCAGAGAGGUUGGAGGCUGAGGUGAUGGCGGAGAUGAAGGCCGAGGAAGGGAAGGCUGAAGUGAACACCAUCUUCUCAGUAUCAGUGGAUGAGGAGGUGGUGAAGGAGACGGGAGUGAAGGAGGAGGGCGUAGUGGAGGAGGAGAUGGAGGUAGAGGAGAAGCCGGUAGGUGAAGACAUAGACGUGGGGAAGGAAAACAGAGUGGUGGCGGAGGUGCCGGAGGAGGCAGCGCGGCGGCCCCUGAGUAUGGAUCUCCGCAUGAACCCUCUGGAGGCCAUCCAGCUGGAACUGGACACUGUCAAUGCCCAGGCUGACAGGGCCUUUCAGCAGCUGGAGCAUAAAUUUGGACGGAUGCGUCGACACUAUCUGGAGCGGAGGAACUACAUCAUCCAGAAUAUCCCGGGCUUCUGGGUCACUGCCUUUCGGAACCAUCCCCAGUUGUCCCCCAUGAUUAGGGGCCAAGAUGCAGAGAUGUUAAGAUACAUAACCAAUUUGGAGGUGAAGGAACUCAGACACCCGAGAACUGGCUGCAAGUUCAAGUUCUUCUUUCGAAGAAACCCCUACUUCAGAAACAAGCUGAUUGUCAAGGAAUAUGAGGUCAGAGCCUCUGGCCGAGUGGUAUCUCUUUCCACGCCAAUCAUAUGGCGUCGGGGCCACGAACCCCAGUCCUUCAUUCGCAGGAACCAAGAUGUCGUUUGCAGUUUCUUCACCUGGUUUUCAGACCACAGCCUUCCAGAGUCUGACAAGAUUGCUGAGAUUAUUAAAGAGGACCUAUGGCCAAAUCCACUGCAGUAUUACCUAUUGCGUGAAGGAGCCCGUAGAGCCAGACGUCGCCCAAUAAGGGAGCCAGUGGAGAUCCCCAGGCCCUUUGGGUUCCAGUCUGGUUAAACUUUGCCCUUGGGACUACUCUUGCACAAGGUCCCCUGUCACCUCUUGCUGGACCUGUGCUUGGGUGACAGAAAUGGGUAUGCCUUCUACCUUUUUUCCCCGCCGGCAUUUCUGCAAGCUUUUUCCUCUGGACAUUUAGUUCUCUCAACCUCAAGAUUGAGACCUUCAUGGCCAUGCUUCUCCACAGCCUUCAAACUGUUCUGCAUUACUCUCGCAUGCUGCAUGGCCAUGAUUCACACUACUGCUCAGCCAAGUGAAUGAUGCUCUCAAUUGCACUGCCUUUAUCAGCACUGCUUGGAUGCUAGUUGUUCCCGGGGCCUCUGGUCUGGCUCUUACCACCUAUAAUUCUAGCUUUUUCUAGGCGCCCAUCCUACCCACUUUGCUCUGCAGUGCAGGUAGAUAGUCUGUGGACAAUUGCGGGGCAUUAAUGUCAAGGGAGAGCAGCAGUGGGUCACUUGGUCUUUGUGAUUUACGUGACUCCAUUGCUCUUCUUGCACCUCUGGUCAUGUAGUGCUGCAUGCUUCUAGCUGUGCCAACCCCUUUGGCUGCUCCCUACUGAAUGAAAAUCUUCCAGACCAUUGUCAGCUCCUCUGUCUGGUUUCUGGUAAACCGAAUCUUCAGAACUGGUGGUGGACCAAGUUUCCUGCCAGCACAGGUUUCCCUUCCAGCCCUUCCAUUCCUCUACCCGAAAGACUUCUCAAUUCUUCACCCCUCUUCCCUUGAGGAACCCUACUGUCAGGCAAGUGGUUGAGGUGUCACGUUAGACCUUGACCUCAUGACGAGUAAGGAUGGUGUCCAGGCUUUCUCAGCCUCAACUAGUGAAUUCACACAAAACCUAGGUACCUCUUGGUGCCUCCUUUCCUCAUCCUGAACAUGACUGUCAGAGUAUCAGUACAUUUUCUGUUUAUCUCCUGUCUAUUAAAAAACAAUUAAAAAUUGGCUUUUUCCAUCAUUUCCAGGGACAACAGUUCCUGUAAAAUAUACUGCCAGAGCUCUUAUUUCCCUCUGCUCUCUCUCCCGCCCCCGGCCCCUCCAACACUUAGAGGACUUAAAGGGAGGCAGAUCUAGAUGGGAUGAAAAGUGAUACCUAGUUCAUAUGGAUGGAAGAACUAACGAGAUUGUGAGGAGUGCCCUAAGCAGGGGAAACUGAACAACAGACCGUAGGCAAAAAUGAGCCAGGUAAAAAUUGGGCCUAAAAUUCAGAGUGGCUGGCUGAGAACCUUCAAGGAAAGGUUCUUUCUCUGUUGGUGGUGAUGGGAGGAGAAAUACUUUUUCUCAGGAUUUCCAUGGGAGAAUUAAAGGGGCUUGGAGUGUUAAAUACGUUGCCAAGAGAAGAGUUUUUCAAAGAAACUAACACAACUUUGGGUGCUUGCUCUUAUUUUCGUUUGACUUAAUUUAUGCAGAAGAUUAAUACUGUGUCCUUUAUUUCACUAGUAUUUAGUAAAAUCCUGUAUUUUCUCUGUUUCUGCUUACUGGGAAAGUGGAGCUGUACAGGCUUUCUUUCCUUUCAAUUGGGGACAUUUGGAAAAAUAACAGACUUUCCAGUACGAUAGACUUAAAUGAAUAUUCAUAAUGAUUUUCAAUUUUUUCUUGUUUCUGUCAAAACUGUAUUCGUAGAAAUAUGAAUAACUUGGUAUUGUCAGAUUCUGAAGACUUUGGAAAUUGUCUUCAUGGAACAAUAACCUACAGAAAAUAUGUGGUUUGAUUAACCUACUUGAUAAUCUGCCCUGGUAACAAUUUAGUAAUUGAUGUUUCUUUUUUCCUAAAUAGCAUAAAUGCUUAUGAGAUUGCUCUGUCAAAUUGGAAGUGUACCAUUGGCAUAUUUGUCUUUCCUUAUAUGCAUGAUGGUAAAAUAAAAGCAUGUUGCUCUGUUAGA